AUGCGUUGUUUGGGGUACGUCGCUGCUGCAGCAGUCUACCUGGCUACUGGCACCAUGGCUGUGUUUGUCCUGGACCCUCCAUCAGCCGCCGUCUUGAAAAGACAGAAUGGCGACGAAUCUCCUGUCUUGAAAAGAGAGUACGCAGCUGUCCCUCUUCCAUGCUCGUCAGUACCAGGCCACUCUACGACGCACUUGACGACCACCAUGGCUGCUACAACCACUGUAUACCACGCGAUCACCGUCUACCGUACCCGCACAGUCUCCAGGUCGAGGUCCAAGUCGACUGCUAGCUCAAGCUCAAUAUACGCACUGGCGUCAAAGCCGACUACAUAUCCAACCUCCUUAACUACUUCAACUCCGUGCCAUUCAUCCUCCUCCAAAACCACUUCAACUCCACGCCCUUCAUCCUCCUCCUUAACUACUUCAACUCCGUCCCCUUCAUCCUCACCCUCACCUACUCUAUCAUCAACAUAUGUCCCGUCCCCAGUGCCAACCUACACCCCAUCCAACACUACAUCGAAGCCUCCUCCGGUGGGAGGUUUCUCGACUGGAGUUAUUACGUAUCCUCGAAACGUCACCGUUCCAUCACCAACAUCAACUCCUUUGGUCUUCAGUAGUGCCGGAUCUACUCUGCAAGCCUCUGCCCUCAUCACCGGACUCGUCAGCUUAACGGCUUUGUUACUGAUCUAG